AUCCAGUCCGGGACUUGGCUCCGCCCGGGAGCGUCGGCCUCUCCUGUGACACUGGAGUAGUGAGCGCCACCGGGUGAGGCUGCAGCCAACUCCGCUCCCCACGCACUCGGCUGCCUAGGCGCUCGGGACGCAGCACCCGCACUUCUCCGCGGUGCUCCGGGCCCGCGAUGCCCGCCUAGGAGCGUGCGGCCGCGAUCAGCGUCGCCACACCCGGGACCCUGCGCUCCCGGCUGCCCAGCCCGCCAGAGCCCGGCACCUCUGCCUCAGCCCCUAGCCAGACCCCCGCCCUGAAAUGACUUGUUAAUCGGCGCUGACACCACCGAGGGGACUCAGAAGUGGAAUCCAAGUGGAAUUGGGAUUUGGAAAAGAGUUUCUUGAACAUUUACCCUGGUCCUCGUUGGAUUUUCUUUUCUCUUUUUUUCUUUUCUUUUUCCAUUUUCAUUGGGGGGCUCUUUUUCUCCCUCUCUCCUCUUCUGUUAUUGGAGAUGAACACAGCCUGCUUGCAUCCCAGAAAGUAAUCGCCGCGACUGUUGCAACCCCCCCCCUACUCCCCCAAAGAGACAAGCACACAUGUAGGAAUGACAAAGGCUUGCAAAGCAAAGAGCGCAGCUCAAGGCCCAGAGAGAUCUUCUCGAUAAUGGAUUACUAAAUGGGAUACGCUCUGUGUCAGUCCGCUCCGUGCCGCGGCCGCCUGCCCGUCGAUGCACCGAAAAGGGUGAAGUAGAGAAAUAAGUCUCCCCGCUGAACUACUAUGAGGCCAGAAACCUUGCUGCUAUAUCUCACACUGCUACACUCUGCUGGGGCUGGUUUCCCAGAAGAUUCUGAGCCAAUCAGUAUUUCGCAUGGCAACUAUACAAAACAGUAUCCGGUGUUUGUGGGCCACAAGCCAGGACGGAACACCACACAGAGGCACAGGCUGGACAUCCAGAUGAUCAUGAUCAUGAACAGAACGCUCUACAUUGCUGCUCGGGACCAUAUUUAUACUGUUGAUAUAGACACAUCCCACACAGAAGAAAUUUAUUGUAGCAAAAAACUGACAUGGAAAUCUAGACAGGCUGAUGUAGACACAUGCAGAAUGAAGGGAAAACAUAAGGAUGAGUGUCACAACUUUAUUAAAGUUCUUCUCAAGAAAAAUGAGGAUACGUUGUUUGUCUGUGGAACCAACGCCUUCAACCCUUCCUGCAGAAACUACAAGAUCGAUACUCUGGAACCUUUUGGGGAUGAAUUUAGUGGAAUGGCCAGAUGCCCUUACGAUGCCAAACAUGCCAACGUUGCACUGUUUGCAGAUGGAAAACUCUACUCAGCCACAGUGACCGACUUUCUGGCCAUCGAUGCAGUCAUUUACAGGAGCCUUGGAGACAGCCCUACCCUCAGGACUGUCAAACAUGAUUCAAAAUGGUUGAAAGAGCCAUACUUUGUCCAAGCAGUGGAUUAUGGAGACUAUAUCUACUUUUUCUUCAGGGAAAUUGCAGUGGAAUACAACACUAUGGGAAAGGUUGUUUUCCCUAGGGUGGCUCAAGUUUGUAAGAACGACAUGGGAGGCUCUCAGAGAGUCCUGGAGAAACAGUGGACAUCAUUUCUGAAGGCUCGCCUCAACUGCUCAGUGCCUGGAGACUCUCAUUUUUAUUUUAACAUACUCCAGGCCGUGACAGAUGUGAUUCGCAUUAAUGGCCAUGACGUUGUCUUGGCAACCUUUUCCACACCUUAUAACAGCAUCCCUGGGUCUGCAGUCUGUGCCUAUGACAUGCUUGACAUUGCCAAUGUUUUUACUGGGAGAUUCAAGGAGCAGAAGUCCCCUGAUUCCACUUGGACACCAGUUCCUGAUGAGCGUGUCCCUAAACCCAGGCCAGGUUGCUGUGCUGGCUCAUCCUCCUUAGAAAAAUACGCAACCUCCAAUGAGUUUCCUGAUGAUACUCUGAACUUCAUUAAGACACAUCCUCUCAUGGACGAGGCAGUGCCUUCCAUCAUCAAUAGACCAUGGUUUCUGAGAACAAUGGUCAGAUACCGCCUGACCAAAAUUGCAGUAGACAACGCUGCUGGGCCGUAUCAGAAUCACACUGUGGUUUUCCUGGGAUCCGAAAAGGGAGUCAUCUUGAAGUUCUUGGCCAGGAUAGGAAACAGUGGUUUCCUAAAUGACAGCCUUUUCCUGGAGGAGAUGAGUGUUUACAACCCAGAAAAGUGCAGCUAUGAUGGUGUAGAAGACAAAAGAAUUAUGGGUAUGCAGUUGGACAGAGCAAGUGGCUCACUGUAUGUUGCAUUCUCUACUUGUGUGAUAAAGGUGCCCCUUGGCCGAUGCGAACGACAUGGGAAGUGUAAAAAAACCUGUAUUGCCUCCAGAGACCCGUACUGCGGGUGGGUAAAGGAAGGGGGUUCCUGUGCCCAUCUGUCACCCCUCAGCAGACUGGCUUUUGAGCAGGACAUAGAACAUGGCAAUACAGAUGGCCUAGGAGACUGUCACAAUUCCUUCGUGGCACUGAAUGACAUUUCAACUCCUCUACCAGAUUAUGAAAUGUCUUACAACACAGUGUAUGGAGUGAUUCGGGAAAGUUACCUCAAAGGCAACGACCAGCUCGUUCCUGUCACCCUCCUGGCCAUUGCCGUCAUUCUGGCUUUUGUGAUGGGGGCCGUCUUCUCUGGCAUCAUUGUGUACUGCGUGUGCGAUCACCGGCGCAAAGACGUGGCGGUGGUGCAGCGCAAGGACAAGGAGCUCACGCACUCGCGCCGCGGAUCCAUGAGCAGCGUCACCAAGCUCAGUGGCCUCUUUGGGGACACCCAAUCCAAAGACCCAAAGCCGGAGGCCAUCCUCACGCCACUCAUGCACAAUGGCAAGCUGGCCACGCCCAGCAACACGGCCAAGAUGCUCAUCAAGGCUGACCAGCACCACCUGGACCUCACUGCCCUGCCCACCCCGGAGUCCACCCCGACACUGCAGCAGAAGCGCAAGCCCAGUCGCGGCAGCCGCGAGUGGGAGAGGAACCAGAACCUCAUCAACGCUUGUACCAAGGACAUGCCCCCCAUGGGCUCCCCUGUGAUUCCCACGGACCUGCCCCUUCGGGCCUCCCCAAGCCACAUCCCCAGCGUGGUGGUCCUGCCAAUCACGCAACAGGGCUACCAGCAUGAGUACGUGGACCAGCCCAAAAUGAGCGAGGUGGUGGCCCAGAUGGUGCUGGAGGACCAAGCUGCCACCUUGGAGUAUAAGACCAUCAAGGAGCAUCUGAGCAGCAAGAGUCCCAACCAUGGGGUGAACCUUGUGGAGAACCUGGACAGCCUGCCCCCCAAAGUCCCCCAGCGCGAGGCUUCCCUGGGCCCCCCAGGAGCCUCACUGUCACAGACCGGCCUGAGCAAGCGGCUGGAAAUGCACCACUCCUCCUCCUACGGGCUUGACUAUAAGAGAAGCUACCCCACGAACUCGCUCACGAGAAGCCACCAGGCCACCACUCUCAAAAGAAACAAUACUAACUCCUCCAAUUCCUCCCACCUCUCCAGAAACCAGAGCUUUGGCCGGGGAGAUAACCCGCCCCCCGCCCCCCAGCGGGUGGACUCCAUCCAGGUGCACAGUUCCCAGCCCUCGGGCCAGGCGGUGACUGUUUCGAGGCAGCCCAGCCUCAACUCCUACAACUCACUCACGAGAUCGGGACUGAAGCGCACCCCUUCUCUAAAGCCAGACGUACCCCCCAAACCUUCCUUUGCGCCCCUUUCCACAUCCAUGAAACCCAAUGAUGCGUGUACAUAAUCCCAGGGGUGGGGCCCAGGAGGCGAAGCAGCAGGUGAGGCUAGGUGCCCAGCCAGCUCAGCAAGGGCUCAACUGCCUGGAGUAUCCCACCGACCCAGAUGGCCCUGAAGGAGCUGAGGACGCUGGGUCCUCCUCUCCAGGACACAGGGGUAGUCGCGAAAAUCGGGCCAUGUGGUUUGGUGAAGAUUGCAACAGUCACCUCCAUUCCCUUCAUUCUCCUGCACUGGUCGGACUCACAAAAGACUUCAGUAUCAUCACCAACAUGAGCCAAAAGCACAUCCUCACCCCAUCCCCACAUGAACACUCAUGCAUAGACAUGCAUACACCACACCCACCCACGUGCGCGCACGCGAGUGUGUGUGUGCACACACACGUGAACAACAACCUCAACAUUUUGUCCAUGACUGCACCGGACGUUGCCAAACGUUCCAAACUUCAAAAUACACUUUUUUUUUUUUAAUCAUGAAAAUUGAAAAAGACAAAAAAAAAUUUCAUUGAUAAUUCUAACUCAGACUUUAACAAUGGCAGAAGUUUACUAUGCGCAGAUACUGUGAAAUGCCCACCAGUGUUACAGCUUUCUGUUAUAGCAGGUAAAUGCCAUGUUGGGCAAUGAUGUCAUAGAUUUCUGCUCCUCCUCUCUUUUAAUGAAAUAACGUGACCGUUAACGCAAGUAACUCUUUAUUUAUUGUUCACCCGUUUUUUUGUUUGGUUUUCUUUUUCCUUAAGGAAAGGACUCUUUCAAAUAUCAUCCUAUGAACAGCUCUUCUGAAGCCCAUGGAAGGUUAAACUAUUUAACGUGAAAUCCAUUAACUGGAAUAAUUGAGUUUCUUUAUUUUUACAAUAAAUUCACUGAGUAAAUAAGUUGGAGCUGGAAUUCUGAGCUUUGUGUUUGGACUAUCGGGUCAGUAGCUAAAGGAAAGCACUAAAAAGGGAAUAUUUAUUUAAAUCUUCCAGUUAAUUUGUCGGUCAGAUCUCUGAGAACAUGCAAAAAAUUAGUUUAAAAGUCUUUCCAGAUCCUAACUUCCAACAGGAGAGAGAUAUUUAGAAUGGCACGCUGUGCCCCAUUGCCGCAAACAUGGCUUUGUCUGCGGUUCCUACCGCCUGCGGAGGCACCAGCUUGUGAUACCCCACCUCAUUUCACCUUGCAUGUGAGACAGCAAACAAAAUCCACAAACUGUGUGAGUUAAUUUAUAUGCUGGCUGCUACCUUGCAUAAAUUAAUGAUUUGAUCACACGGGUUUUCGUGGGGUUACAUCUGUGAAUAGCCUGUUUUCCACAUGUAAAUUUGUGCCUUACACCCUGAGUUGUGUACCUUGUAAACUGUCGGUUUGAUCAACUUUUUUUCCCACUUGAAAUAAAUGCAGAUAUUUAUUUAACCCCCACUCCUACCCCCUACUCAGCCCUCUGGAAGAUUGGAGUCAAGCAGAUGGAAGAAGAAUUCAGAAGUGAUGAUUGUGUGCUGAACCUAGGAAUGCUGGGUGAUACCAUACCCUUCCAUUCACACUGCCUUUAGUUGUGCCAACUCCAGCCACCUUUUGGCUGUGCUGCAAAGCACAGACCCCAGUGUUGUGGGUGGCAAAUCCCCUUCCUCCAGAGCUCCCUACUUUCCUCAUUCCCAGAUCAUUUCAAUAUGGUGGCAUCCUCAUUAGGCAGCAGAAAAGGGACUAAAGUUCCAGCCCUGGUUUCUGCUGUAUCCACUGGCUGGAGAACAUGCAGUGUGUAGUUGGGCAGACAACUGGGAGGAAUCUCUAAGCUAUGCCUUUAGCACACCCAUGUAAUGCACAGAGAAACGGCAUGGAAAUACAUGCAGGCAGGCUGGUCCCUGCUGUGAUUAAUGGGUAACUCAAAGUUCAAGGCCAUCCACAAUGAUGCUACAAAAAAAAAGGUUGUCUGGGGCAAAAGAUUUUUUUUUUAUUUCUUUAUUCAUUUAUUGUCUGUAGAGGGCUGGGGGAAGGGGGUGGUUUCUCCCCUUGGUUUUCAUUUGCUAAAGCACACAGAAGGAGCUUUUGUUUACUCUAUCAUGAACAAAAGAAUUGUCAUACUGUAAACCAUGAGCAUUGUCAGAUAAACAGUAUAUUUGAUGGUCUCUUUGUCUUUUUUUUUUUCCAGUUUGAUCUGGAUUUAAUUUUGUCUUUAAAAAAAAAAGUAAUAAAAACUUUCAGAAAAAAAAAAAACAAACAAAAAACAAAAACCUGACAAGGACAAUUCAGAAUUGGUUAGUCUCAAAGUUGUGUCCCCACAAUCAGAGCAGUCACCUUGAGCUCAGAAUAUGACGCUGAGAACAAGUUCACAGCCCUUUGUUCCAAGACUCCCAUGCAGAUUGGCUGUUGUUUGGGGUAGGUUAUUGUUUUUGUUUCACUUUUGAGUGGAGUCAUUAUUCAUGUCCUGUGACCUUUAUAGCUUGAAACCAUGAAGACUUUCCUAGAAACAGAUGUUGUUUUCUUCCUUGCCUUUUCUUCACAAAUGCAGAAGUUGGGAAGGUAAUGAUUGUCUGCCCUGCUUGAUUCCCAAGAAUAUUGACCCAACCUUGUGCCCAUGUUUGUGGGCAUCAUUGCCUCAGCUGUGUUAAGGAGACCCAUGUCAAAACCCACAUCCCUGCAUCCCACAACCUAUCACUUGCAGUAUUAACCCUACAAUACCCACAUGUAUUGAGCUGGUCUUCUGCAUUUAAGUGUUCCCCCCUUCCUACCUACACCAUGUAUGGGGAGAGUUCAUAAACCUGAGUGUGCCUUUGCUUUCACCCUGCUUAGACACUGUAGAUGCAACAAACUCAGAUUUAUAUUGGUUGUAAAGUUGUAAAAAUGUUGUGAUGUCACCAGUUUUCCUUCCGUCUCCACACACCUUAACAUCUGAUUCACAACUUAAUGUAUGUUGUAAAAAAGAAAAAAAAAAGAAAGAAAAAGGAGAGAGAGAAAAAGCCAGGAAAAGGCUCUUAUUACUUCAGAGUAAUAAAACCAGGCUGUUCUACAUUA